AUGAAGACGAGCAUAAAAAGUGGAGCUGUAUUAAGUGACUGUCAAAUUCAAGCAAUGCGUCUUAAUAGACUUGAAUAUCGUCGUUUACAACGUGAUAUUAAAUUAAUGCAUAUUGAUUUACGAGAAAAUUUAGCUCGUUUACAACGGCAAGCACAACAUUUAAGAUCUCGUUAUGCAAAUCUUGUACGACUUUUAAAACCAAAUCAAUCAUAUCAAUUAUGGAAAAAUUCACAUGCUUAUGAGAUACAACAAAAUGAAACUAAAAAUGAUCUAGGAUCAAUAAAACAGAAUGAACAAUCCAAAUCUAAAACACAUCAACAACAACUUUCAUCUGAUGAAAAUUCUUCCGAAGCAGAUCUAUCGUUACUAUUAUCACUUAAUAAUGGUGUUCCAGAACCGAUUGAACCAAUAAUAGAAUUUAGUGAAAAUUUUCUUCGACCAAAAACUUCACUAAUUAAUAAACAUUUACCUAAACCAGUAUUAACAAUACUUAAUGAACCUUCCAUGAAUUCAAAUAAUCCAAUUAAAACACCACGAUCUGAUUCAACUUUAGUCUCUUUUCUAUCAUCGACAGUACCAUCAAGUUCUCGAACAUUUGUACCAAAUAAAUUUAUUACUACACAAAAAAUGUCUAAUCCUAAUACAUUACAUCAAAAAACAUUACAAAAUCAAACAGCUUAUAAAUCUAUUAAACGAACACGUAUUGAAACAUGUCAAUUAAUUGACAAAGGUUUUACACCACAAUAUCGAGAUCUUAAAAGAACUACGCAAUCAGCAGGUGUUAUCAAAUAA